CAAUGGUGUUCUGUCUCAUGGGAUUGAUAUGUCAAUGUUGCUGCUCACUUCAAGCGGGCUUAGAACAAGUCCUAGAAAGGUCUCAACAAGAUCCAAUGACCGAUCAACUUGAAAAACUUAUAUGGAUAAAGAAAAAACAUCAAUUUUUAAUUGAUUUAGUCCAACAGCUAAUUUCCAUUUUUAAAUACAAUGAACUAUUUGCCCUACAUUUGUCGUAUCAGAAUACGGAGAUCCGCAUUUUCGGAACUUUUGCCUUAAACCAUCGCUUACUCUUUUUGAGUGCAACUGUUAUUGUUUUACAUGUUUUGUAUAUGGUUCAAUGCGAUAUGACUUAA